AUCAAGACGACCGAAUAGGUAAAAUGGAAUCAAGCAUCAAGGAAUUAAUAAAGGCCAUCUUGGAUCUUAAAGAAAAUAGGGAACCUUCCUUAUACCAUAAUCAGAGAACUCAAAAUCAGCAGCCCGGUAACCAAAAUCAAACUAUCCGAUCUCGUAGAUGUUACCAAUGUGAUCAGGAAGGUCAUCUUUCAAGAGAUUGUCCUACCAGGGCACAACAAACCCUACCUGAUAAUUAA